UCCCUUCCUCCUACACGCCCAUUACUUGGGGACCGGGCCGGGCUGAGGGCUAGCAGCCCGGCCGCCCGGGGCUCUGGGCAAGGGGGCGGACAUGGGCUUCUUCCCAAGCUGCGCGCUGCGGAGCCUCCUGGGCCGCUGCCACGUCCAGGGACCUAACCGCACCCUGGGCACGAGGCAGCUGCUCCUGUCCCUGCCCCCGGGAGGAGUGCCUAGCUCUAUUCUGCUCCGCUACAACUCUGCGGGACUUAUUAGAACCCAGGAACGGACACUGGUUGCAGUAAAGCCAGAUGGUGUUCAGCGGAGGCUGGUUGGAGAUGUCAUCAGGCGCUUUGAGAAGCGAGGCUUCAAACUGGUGGGCAUGAAGCUACUGCAGGCCCCAGAGAAAGUCCUUGCUGAACAUUACCAUGACUUAAAGAAGAAGCCCUUCUAUCCAAACUUGAUCAACUAUAUGAGCUCUGGUCCUGUGGUCGCUAUGGUCUGGGAAGGGCACAAUGUGGUCCGUACCUCUCGGGCCAUGGUAGGAGUAACUGACUCAGCAGAAGCUGCCCCCGGAACAAUCCGGGGAGACUUCAGUGUUCACAUCAGCAGGAAUGUUGUUCAUGCCAGUGAUUCGGUGGAAGUAGCCCAGAGAGAGAUCAGCCUGUGGUUUCAUAGCAGUGAACUGGUGGAUUGGGACUGCGGCAGUCACAGCAACCUGUACCAUGUGUGAGGGAGGGUCUCAGCCCACCUCCUGCCCACACUGCCUACAGACCCAGGAGCAACUACCUCUGCCAAUGAGAAUGCUAUGUUCCUCCCUUCCUUCCUGGCCAAGCUACCGCCCAUCCCCCUAUCCCAACCCCCUCUCUCCCACAGAGACUUCUCUGAUGCCAAAUGAUGUGCCUUUUCACUCCAUGCCCAAAGCCAUGAAAGGAUUGAGUCUAAUCCUUCCCUUGGCCACAGUGCCAGUCAACCUUGGGAGUAAUUGCUUAUAACCAGAGAUGAUGGUGACUAUUAAAGGAGACAUAUUAAAAUUCAAUCUAUAACUUGGUAAUAAUUCAUCCUUUCUUAUUUCUAUAAAUGGGGAUUGAGUUCUUCCAUUAGCUUUUAAGGUGGGGAAAAGGGAAAGG